AUGCCCCAGCUCAACAUCUCGCUCGAUGAGGAGCAGGCCAAGUUUGAGGCCGACGUGGCUGCCAUUGAGAAGCAAUGGAGCUCGCCUCGCCAAGCCCAUCUCAAGAGGCCAUACUCGGCGCACACCAUCGCCGCCCUGCGCAACAGCAUCGACGUUGCGCCCACCGCAAGCUCCCAGCAGGCCAUCAAGCUCUGGAAUCAGCUGCAGGAGCACAACAAGAACGGAACCACCGAGUUGACGUUUGGCACCACCGAGCCGACCAUUGUGUCCCAGAUGGCCAAGCACCAGCAGUCCGUCUACGUGUCGGGCGCGCUCUGCGGGUUCUCCGAGGUGGACGCGCCCGGCAUGGACGCCUGCGACUACCCCUGGGACACGGUGCCCAAGACGGUGGCCAAGAUCUUCAAGUCGCAGCUCUGGCACGACCAGCGGCAGCGCCAGUUCCGCCUGCGGCACACCAAGGCGCAGCGCGCCACGCUGGAGAACUGGGACUACAUGGCGCCCCUGGUGGCCGACGGCGACAUGGGCUUUGGCAACGUGACGAGCACGAUGAAGAUGGCCAAGGCGUUUGUCGACGCCGGCGUGGCCAUGAUCCACCUCGACGACCUGGCGAUUGGGAUGAAAAAGUUCACCGUCGGCCAGGGACGCACCGUCGUGCCCACGAGCGAGUACCUCGACCGGCUCCGGACGGUGCGCAUGCAGUUUGACGUGAUGGGCGCCGAGACGCUGCUCCUCUGUCGCUGCGACACGGACCACUCCGAGUUCAUCAGCAGCGUCGUCGACCCCAGGGACCACGAGUACGUGGUGGGCGCCACAAAGAGGGUCGAGUCCCUCCAGGACCACCUCGCCCAGGCACAGGCGCAAGGCAAGGACUUAAAGGCGGCCAGGGCCGCGUGGAAGGCCAACGCCGGGCUGAAGACGUUUGACGAGGCCGUACAGGCGGUGGCGUCGGAGGACGAGUUUAAGGCCUACCUGUCCGAGGUGCGCAGGGAGGCGUUCGCGUCCCUGACGGCACGACGCGAGAUAGCCAGCAAAACGGUCCAGGCCGACGUCUUCUUCGAUUGGGAGAGGCCUCGCUCCGCCAUGGGCCAGUACAUGUGGAAGCCGAGCGUCAAGACCAUUAUUGAGCGCGCUGUGGCCGCCGCGCCGCUUGGGGACGUGACGUGGGCGCGCAUGGACGCGCCGGUGUGGAAGGACAUUGUCGAGUUCCACGAGGGCGUCCGCAAGGUGUACCCCGAUCGCCUGUUCGCCUUUGGCUACACGGGCGACUACGACUACGGCAAGGCUGGCUUCUCGCCGGCGCAGGUCAAGACGCUGCACCUGGACCUGGCCAAGAUGGGCGUCGUCUGGCAGGUCCAGCCCAUCUGGGCUCUGCAGGGCCUCAACAUGGUUGCCGAGGACUUUGGCAAGAUGUGGGCGGAGGAGGGCAUCGCUGGGUACGUGCGGGACGUGCAGGGCCCGGCGCUGAGCAGGAAGCCCAUGACGGAUGGGUUUGAGAAGCUGUCGUGGUGUGGAGGAUACCUGGCGGACGCGUUCUUUGAGACAAUUGCUGGGGAGGAGAUUACCGAGAAGGCGUAG